CCGCCCAACAUUUAUGACCCAUGCAUUUCUAAAGAUAGCGUUUUUUAUAGGUAAAAUUUAAAGGGUGAACUUGAUUCAUCUUAUCGGGGUAUUUACAGCCUCGAUCUCCGACGUCCAUCAUGGCCACACCAUUAAUGCGUUCUCUUCUGACGAGGCGGGUACCUCUUCAGGUGGGACGCAUGUGUUACUCGUCCUCUGUGCCGACUACAAAGUUGUUCAUUGAUGGGAAGUUUGUUGAAUCCAAGAGUUCAGAAUGGUUGGACAUCCACAAUCCUGCCACUAACGAGGUGAUUGGUCGCGUGCCCAAGGCCACGCAGGAGGAGAUGUUGGCUGCCGUGGACUCCUGCUCACGGGCCUAUCAUGCCUGGUCUGACACUUCCAUUUUGACCCGCCAGCAGGUCUUUCUCCGCUACCAGCAGCUAAUUAAAGACAACAUUAAAGAGCUGGCUAAGGAAAUCACUCGGGAACAGGGCAAAACGCUGGCAGACGCUGAGGGCGACGUGUUCCGGGGGCUGCAGGUGGUAGAACACACCUGCAGCAUCACCUCCCUCAUGCUGGGUGAGACGCUGCCCUCCAUUACCAAAGACAUGGACACCUACACCUACCGGCUGCCCAUCGGGGUGUGCGCGGGCAUCACUCCCUUCAACUUCCCUGCCAUGAUCCCGCUGUGGAUGUUUCCCAUGGGCAUGGUGUGCGGGAACACCUACCUGUUGAAGCCGUCCGAGCGCGUGCCUAGCUGCGCCAUGAUGCUGGCCAAGCUCCUGCAGGACGCCGGUGCCCCGGACGGCACGCUCAACAUCAUCCAUGGCCAGCACGACGCUGUGAACUUCAUCUGUGAUCACCCUGCGAUAAAGGCCAUCAGCUUUGUGGGCUCCAACCAGGCAGGAGAGUACAUUUAUGAGAGAGGCUCCAAGAAUGGCAAAAGAGUGCAGUCUAACAUGGGGGCGAAGAACCAUGGCGUGGUGAUGCCCGACGCCAACAAAGAGAACACUCUGAACCAGCUGGUGGGCGCGGCGUUCGGGGCAGCCGGGCAGCGCUGCAUGGCGCUGUCCACGGCCAUCCUCGUCGGGGACGCACGCGGCUGGCUGCCUGACCUAGUGGAGAGGACCAAGAAGCUACGCGUCAAUGCAGGUGACCAGCCAGGCGCAGACCUCGGGCCCCUCAUCUCUCCUCAGGCCAAGGGCCGGGUUCACCAGCUCAUCCAGAGUGGUGUGGAUGAGGGUGCCACACUGCUACUAGAUGGCAGGAACGUGAAAGUCAAAGGUUAUGAGAACGGCAACUUUGUGGGACCCACCAUAAUCAGCAAUGUCACAAGUGAGAUGAAGUGUUAUAAAGAAGAGAUCUUUGGACCUGUACUAGUGGUUUUAGAAGCUGAUGACCUGGAUGAAGCCAUAAAAAUCAUCAAUAAAAACCCAUAUGGCAAUGGAACUGCUAUCUUCACCACAAAUGGAGCCGUAGCCCGCAAAUACACUAAUGAGGUGGAUGUUGGCCAGAUCGGAGUGAAUGUACCGAUCCCUGUCCCCCUUCCCAUGUUCUCCUUCACGGGAUCCAGGGCCUCUUUCAGGGGAGAUACCAACUUCUAUGGCAAGCAAGGAAUUCAGUUCUACACACAGAUCAAAACUGUCACUUCACAGUGGAAGGCAGAGGACGCCACCUUGAAAUCUCCAGCUGUUACCAUGCCGACCAUGGGACGUUGAGUUGUAAUAUAGGUCCAAUUUUGUGCACCCCAAGCUUUCAAGCUAAUGUACAGAUGGGUAUUUUCAGAUUAAGCACAGGUUUCUAUUCAUUUUAACACAGGUUAAGCAUUUAACUUUUGGUGGAAGAAAGUACUUUGUAAUGUCACUUGGGCUACUUAACUACUUGGCUUACUUGGGCAAGGCCCUGAAUCCUCAAUUGCUCAAGUUAUACUCAAAUUGUAAAUUGCUAUGGAUUAAAGGCGUGGCCUAAAUACCGUAAAUGUGGCAGCAGAUGGUCUACAGUCCGUCUACAGUUGCAGCUACACACAAUGCAAAAAACCACUCACUUGCAGCCCCAGGAACUAAAAGCUCACCUUCCUCAAAUGCAUGUCUUCCCAGUUUUGAUUUUCUAAUAAAAGAAUGGUCUGUUUUCUCUGCUUGAUUAUAUGUACGUUUUAAGAAUAUGGUGAUGGCCAGAUGGGAGAGACAGGAAGGUAUUAGUGAGAGCUCAUCACUGUGCCUCACCAGUCAGCUUGAAGUAAAUUAAACUGAAUACCAAUUUCA